UGCUUUUCCCAUUGGACUUCAAUGAUGCCAUUCUUUACCCGCCAGCAAUCCACUGAACGCCUCUUCAAUUCUUCUCUCGGCUUUGCUUAGCGACCGUCAUAUUGGCUGUCAGGAACAGAAACGACCACGGGCUUGAUGCAGUUUCGGCCAUGAGAAAAAAUAUGCGAUUUUCUGUUGUUCGCGGUACUUUCAGAAGUCAAAAUUAAAAACAGAUUAUGGUUUUUAGGCAUUUGAAAAUCAAAAGCUUUCGGAAUGAUAUUGAAAACGUCCCGCAUACAUUUGCUGUUUCGUCCGACACCGUGGACCGCAAGGGGGAUAAGCCUGACUUCUUUUGAUAGCCAUUUUUUGCAGACAAAGAGAGCGGUUGAGUAGCGGUUCCUAAAGACAAAAGGGUCUUGGCCUCCUAUCCAUGGAGAAAGUGGGCAAGAUGUGGAGCAACCUGAGGAGCAGAUGCCAGACCCUCUUCCACAGCGAUGGUGCGGGACCUAGCAGCGAGAGCAGCGUGGAGGUGGAUGGUGUCCACUGCGUGGUCGACCUCGGUCGGGGAGGCACCGCAGGCGAGUCCCAGGCUUCCCGGGCCUCCAGCCCGUCUCGGAGCCUCCUGCCUCUCCCUCUGGUGACGGCGGGCCGCCGUCACAACUGUGUGUCAGACAUCCCUCAGAUCGUGGAGAUCACUAUAGACAAGGACAGCGAGGAUGUGAGGGGGAGCCCUGGGGGGGUCCCUCUGGCCCGGAGAGACUCUUACUCUCGGCACGCACCUUGGGGGGGCAAGAAAAAACACUCGUGUUCCACUAAGACCCAGAGUUCCCUCGAGGCGGACCGGCGGUCGGGGCGCUCCCGGGGGGCGUCCAGCCGCAGGGACCGGCGCUACGGCGUGAGCUCCAUCCAGGAGAUGGCUGACUCAGGGGCCGGGGGCCGCAGCCUCAGCGCCCGCUCUCUGCGGCAGCGUCUGAGCGAGACGGUGGGCCUGUGCCUCCCCCUGCCCCCCCGCCGGCGCUCCCGCUCCUCCAAGAUCCCGGUGGCCUCCAAACGCAAGAUCCACCUGACGGAGCUGAUGUUGGAGACCUGUCCCUUCCCGCCGGGCUCGGACCUCGCCCACAAGUGGCACCUCAUCAAGCAGCACACGGCGCCCGUCAGCCCGCAUUCCUCCACCGCGCUGCUGGACGCCUUCGAUCCGGCCCACCCCUCCCCGGAGGACGAAGAAGAGCGCCUGCGCGAGCGCCGCAGGCUCAGCAUCGAGGAGGGCGUGGACCCGCCGCCCAACGCCCAGAUCCACACCCUGGAGGCCUCCGUGCAGGGCUCCUCUCUGUACAAACUGGGACCAAAGAUGGCCCCCUGCACGGCCGAGGCCUCGGGGGAGGCCCGCGGGGCCAGCUCAUCGGCAGGGUCCACAGCGUCGGGGUCGUCGUUGCAGGUGCUCGGCGGGGCGUCGUCUCUGGACUGCGACUCGGAGGAGGACUCCACCACCCUCUGCCUGCAGGCCCGCCGGCCCAAGCAGCGCCACGCCUCCGGGGAGGGUCACCUGAGCCGCAGCCAGCCGGGGCCCUGGAAGGUGCACACCCAGAUCGACUACAUCCACUGCCUGGUGCCCGACCUGCUGCAGAUCACAGCGCUGCCCUGCUACUGGGGCGUGAUGGACCGCUACGAGGCUGAAGCGCUGCUGGACGGCCGCCCCGAGGGCACCUUCCUGCUGCGCGACUCGGCUCAGGAGGACUACCUCUUCUCCGUCAGCUUCCGCCGCUACAACCGCUCGCUGCACGCCCGCAUCGAGCAGUGGAACCACAACUUCAGCUUCGACGCCCACGACCCCUGCGUGUUCCACUCGUCCACCGUCACGGGCCUCCUGGAGCACUACAAAGACCCCAGCGCCUGCAUGUUCUUCGAGCCGCUGCUCACGGCGCCGCUCCACCGGACCUUCCCCUUCGGCCUGCAGCACCUGGCCAGGGCCGCCAUCUGCCGCCAGACCACUUACGACGGCAUCGGCGGCCUGCCGCUGCCCCCGGCCCUGCAGGACUUCCUCAAGGAGUAUCACUACAAACAGAAAGUGCGCGUGCGCUGGCUGGAGAGGGAGCCCCCACUCAAGGUCAAAUAGCGUGGGGGGUCGCCCGCGGCCUGCCCGGGCGCACUCAUGGGGCUGGAGGAGUCCAGACUAGAGAACCUUCCCAUCAGCCACCCGGAGAGGCCGACACUGGCAUGGCUCUCCAUCAGGCAGGGGGGAGGAGUUUAGGUGAAAAUGAGCUAUACCAGAUUCAUUCUAAUCUCUUAUUGUUUUAGUUAUUACUUACGUCACAUGGAAUACAUACGUAUGAUUAUAUUCAGUAUAACGCUGUCUGGCAAGCACAUGGUUUUUAGCGUUGAACAGGUUUUUAUGGAAAGGGAGAGGGAAGCAAGUAUGCUUGGCCUCCCACUCCCUCUUUUAUCUCUCUUUCUCUUUUGGUUCUUUGUGUCUGCCUGAUCCCAACAGCAUUACCCUGCCUGUUGACCUGCCUGCCCCCCCCCCCCUCCCCCUGCCUCCACUUCGGCCCACAGGGUUAGCUGUGCUGUACAGUCCACUCUCUCACCCAUUCACUUCUCCUACUGGAUUACGCACCAAGAAGAGCAGUCUAGAGGGGUUGGUGAGACGAGAACAGGGUUUCCACUCUGGCUUAACUCUUUUACUACAAAGUUCCAAACUCCCUCAAGGCUCAGCCCGUGACUCCUCCUUAUCGUAUGAACACGUACCUAGCCACCGUGUUUCAGAAGCUUGAAGUCAUAUCACCAGCCAUGGCUCACAGGUCUGGAGGGAGAGGUUUGUAGCCGAUGACGGCUUCUUUCAAGCUUGGCUUCUCUCCCCUCUCACAGAGAGCGAGGCAUACACAGGUGUGUGUUAGUGUUAACGGUCGCCUAUAUUGCAGGGUACUGAUCUUGCAGGCCUACAUUUAGUUUUCUCAACACUUUCUUGAAGCAUAGGCCAAUGGCCAUGCCCCGCCCCCAUGGACGGUAUAGGGACACUGUUUUCAAUGAACAAAUAUUUGUUUUCGUGCUCACAGCAGUCUCGUCAGUGGUUCACAACUGGCAACAGGCACUUUAAUUGUGUGCAUGCAGUGUGGUCGUGUACCUUUACAUACACACACACACACACAAAAACAUACUCAGUCCACAGAUGCUUCAGGUGUGCGAUUGCGUUAGCCAGUUACAAUCUGACUGGUUUCUUUACGAAGCUGCUUUACGGUGUCUGAGAGGCUGUCUCCCCCCACAUCCCGCCUGGGCCCAUCUCAGUGGCAUCCUCCAUUACAUUUAUUCAUUUAGCAGACUCCAUGCUGCUCACUCUAAAUGAUUCAUGACUAAUGUUUAGUCACCCAUUGACCCCUAAGAAUACUCUACUCUGCUCCCUGUGUGCGUGUGCGCGUGCUGGUUUGCUAGCGGUCGUUUGUGUGCGGGGGGCUAAAUAUCUGCACAGUCAGCACCCUCCACCCUCCAUUGAUGUUCCGCACACUGUUAUCUCAAAAUCCUCCCCCUCUUUCCCCUUCCUUGCAUAACGACACCACCAUUAUCCCUCCGCUCGGUGAACUCUGUUUACUUGGGCUACGUAACCCAGACUGCUAGCCAUGUCCACAAACGAGUAGGCCUACAUUGUGAAAGCUUGCGUGAGGAAGAAAAUUAGACAAACAAAAGUGUGACCUCUGUGCCUUUUUUCAGAGAGCCUCAACUGUCACGUUGAAUGAGGCAGCCUGUUUCUCUUCUGUCUGAGCCUGGUGCAUGAAAUGUUCCAGUGUUUUCUAUUCUGACGCUCUCUAAAGAGGCUGAGGAUGAGGAAGGGGGGGGGGAUUAAGAGCUCUGAGCUCGCGCUCUCUCUAACGUUCAAGGUGCUGCACACUCGUUAUCUGGGGAAAUCUGGUGGCGCGUUUGGCAGUGGUGCUAUUCCCCCACCCCCACCCCCCUUCUGUGUUGAUUAGUACAUCUGGAACCUAGUCAUAGCUGUGUCCUCCACUUUAGGUAGCAUGCUUCCCCGUCCUACCUGGCACUAUUCCCUUUGUCCUGGUGCUGAAUCUCAGAGGAACUAGCAAUCCUGGUCUGGUCUCGUCCAUUGUACCCUGAAGAUCUUAACUAUCAAGAGUAAACAUCAUUUCCGAAUGGAAAAAGAUUCAUUUCAAAGGCGUCCAGGUAAUAAUGUUUCUAUUGAAACGCAAGACUGGAGGUGGUAGUGAUGGGGCAGGGCGGUGUCAGGAACUGGCCUACAGACACAGUGUCUGUAACGGCACAGCUAUAGAGACACACAGGCUUGCGUCUGUAAACCCCAUGUGCAACUUCACAAAAUAUGGGGGAACCUGCAAAGAACAUGUUUGAGAAUCCUAUCUGUAAGCAAUGUAUACUAAUAUAGUUCUAACUAAUAUGUGAUGCCCAUGAUUUUUUUUAAUCCUGGUUUGGAAAGACCUAAUCUCAGCUCCUGUCUCUGAUUUAUACUGUAGAGCUGUUUAUUUUAACUACCCGCAACCAAUCAAAGCUACUGUGUGUGGAAUGUGGGUGUGUGUGUGUUGAGGGUGGGCUGUGUUCAGCCUCAUCAGAGAGAGAGAGAACCAUAAAUGAAAAUGUGCAAUGCCUUUUUGAAGGGCGUUCAUAAAGUGAAGCGUCUGAGUAUCUGUGACCAAAGCUCUGUAGUUGGAAGGCGUUGCACACAGGAGCUGAUGUAGUGAAGCUUGCCACGGUGUCAGCAAUCUGUAGGAUGUUCUCAACAACUGAACAAACAUUUCAAUAACAGCCGACUGGAGCAUUAGAAGAGAUGUGCCUGGUUGUCUAGGACAGGUCUAAAAGAACAGACAUUACAUACCACCCACCCACCCCCCUCCCCCCCCCCUUCCUCAUCACCACCUCAAACCCAGAACAGCUUUUACCAACCAAUCGUCUCUGCCAAGCCUAUAAUAGCGCUCUGGUCUGUCACCAAGUGAGAGAUUGUUAUUUAUUUUGGGGGGGUUUUGAAGGGAAAAUGGAAGUUCUGAUUUGACUGUUUUCAUUAUUGGAUGUGUUGCAAUGGCUCAAAUCAGCUAAUGUCUCAUAAAUCCUCCCAUAUGUGUUCUGAGUUCAGUCAUACCAAACCCACAUUCAGUCAGAAAACCUUUCCCAUCUUGCACUUUUAUUUUAUUUUAUUUUUAGAAAGCUUGAAUAUUGCAUGUCGACCGCAAAUUAGUGCUCAUGAUGGAAUGACAGAAGGGCUGGUGGAGUAGAGAGAGAUGACGACUUACAUGGGGUUUCUGUUCUAACAUUCAAACACAGACACCCUCUCUUCCUCUAUGCCACCUGUCUACUAUGCUACCGUUUAGUACUAGCUAGCUACUCCUGGCACUGCCCCUCCCCACCCACGGGCACUAAUCAUGGGCUAAAUUUACCUCUCUGGGAGCUAAAUUUACCAGGCACUAAAAGGGCCACUCUGUGUUUUCUAAUGGGUGCUGUGUGACUUGGUGAGGGAGAGUUUAUUUUUUAUUUUUGGUGCUCUCUUUUUUUAACCCCCACCCCCUUUUUUCUCUUUCUCUCUAUUCUUUGACCACAUCCUCAACAUGUCCCUGCUGAUGCUGGGAUAG